GUGCCCGGGCACGAAUCGUCUCUGUGUGCAGCCAGGGAGCCAGCCUGGUGUGGUGUGAGGAGAGACCUCCCCUGGAUGCUCACUCGGCCAUGAGCAAGUGUGCCUUCAGGUUCUGUAUCUGCACCCGGGCCCUGGAGGUGGGGGAGCAAGGCGUGCGGCUGGGCACCGUAAGGAUAGUCCUGCACAACAGUCCUGAGUACCAGGUCCUGGCAUCCCCCCAGCACAUCUUCCUGGUGCCUGCCGCUGCCAGCUUUGCCACCACUUCCAAAUUCCUCCUCAUCUGGCAUCCCGAGAAGGCAAAGCUCACCAUCACAGCCCCCUCUGCAGGCUUCAUCCGCAGCAAGGUACUGCACUCCAGCAGCGAGUCAGACUUCAGGAAGCUCCUGCUUGGUUCUGUGGGUCUUCUUGCAGGCUUGGCACCUCUGGACAUUCACACCUCCGCUGUGUCCAACGGUGGGGGUCUGCUGCUGGUGGGCACGAAGGGUGCUGUGAACAUGGUGGAGCCAGAUGGGACACAGAGGCAUAUCUUUGACCUGGAGGGGGGCCCCCUGGCCCAAGGAAGUCCUGUCCAGCUGAAGACCUUUGGCAGCAUCCUGGCCUGCAUGCUGGCUGGGGCCCUGUACCUCAUCGACCAGAACAGUGGAAGGCUCGUAGAAAAGAAAAUCCUAAGCACGAAAGAGAUGCAUUUCCUGGAGGCCCCGGGAGAGGAGGACAGCAUCCAGCUCCUCACUCAAACUGGCAUCUACAGCUUUAGCUUCUCCAAGCCUGAGAACAGCAGCAGACCUGAGCCAUGCCUGGUGGAGAUGGUGUUUGAGGAGGCCUGCAGAUACUACCAGAGGAGGAGCCUCAGCAGCUCCAAGCUGACGGUGGAAAAGCUGAAGAAAGGUGGUGUGUUCCAGGCUCCUGUGGCCCUCACUGCCAUCCUGCAGCACAGCCUCCACCAGAAGCAGAAGCCAGCCCGAGGCCUCCAAGACACUUAUGCCAAGCUGUUGAGCACAAUGAACCUGGAGCUGCAAAGCUACAUGAGCUUGGAGCUCCUCAAGACCUGCGUGGUGUGUGCCCCAGAGAGUGAGGUGGAAAGCUACUGUGAGGAACUGGUGGAGCAGGAGGUCAGCCGCGUUCUGCACUCUGACAUGGACAAGGACAACUUGGCCUACCUGAACUCUGUCUUUGCCUCCUUCCCCAAGGCCGCCUGGAAGGCCACGAAGAGCUGCCUGCAGCUGCAGCAGAACGGGGACGGCCUCUUGGUAGCCAGGGCCACCCCAGAGGUGUGGAAGAAGGUCCUGGGAGGGCUGCAGCAGGAGGAGGUGGGUCAGAAUGGGGUGGUCCCGCUCUUUGAGCUCAUCUGUGCCUCCUUCCUGAGGUUCAAACCAAAGUGGCUGCCCAGUUUUGUGGAGCUGACCCAGCAGUACGUUAGCAUCUCUUGGGCGUACAGCAGCAAGGAGGGCCCAGAGGGCCGAGUGCCACUGUACAAGAGAGCGCUGGGAGUACUGGCCAGGAAGAACAAGCGCAGCGAGGCAGAUGAUGAGAUGGAGCUCGAACUGCUGCUCUGUAGCAAGAGGCCUAAGGCUGUGCUGCAAGCUCUGCACCUUCUCAUCAGUCUGAAGCGGUGGCAGCGGGUGGUGGAGGUGGCAGAGAAGUUUUCCAAGCUCAGCCCCUUGCUUAACAAGGAGAUAUUCACCACGCUGCUUGCAGAGUUUGCCCAGCACCGGGAGUUGGACCCUUAUCUGGACACGCUGUGGCCGCUGUGCCCUGCUGAGCUCACCGCCUCGGACAUCCUCACUGUGGUCCUGCAGCAUCUCCCUCACUCCCAGGAGGACCCAGUGCCCUUCUCCAGCGAGGGGAACCAGCUGACUGUAGGCUUGCUUAAGCCGCUGUUGCAAAGGGUUGUGCAGCGUCCCUGCAUCCAGGACGAGAUGUACUCGGAUGCCUUGCAGAGCCCCACCUUCCCCCCUCCUACCCCACCCCGAGAGCACAAGAUCCCCUCAAAAGCAGCAGUGGAUGAUGCCCCUCAGCCACCCAUGGCAAGGACUUCAUCCCCCUCAGCACCGGUACAGGGUGACACUGUGUGA